UAUGGUGGACACGUGCGAGGCUCACUUUCGCUCAACCCAGCCCAAUGCGACGCCAUUCGCAGCUUCAACUCGAAGAAAUCCAACUCCGAUUAAACUGAGAUGCGCUGUUCGAUGAGUGGGUUUCUUUUAAUUUCUAACUCUCCUAUGUUUCUUCCAGAUUUUUCUUCUAAUUACAUUCAUUCUUUUGCGGGAUUGAUGUUUUCAGCUGUUCUCAGUGGUUCACUAUAGUGGAUGGUAAUUUCGGGGGCCGAUUUCUGCUUGAUUUCUUGGGUUUUCUGUCGAUUAAAAGCUAUUGGGAAGAACGGGUAAUUUACUACUUUUUGGAAACCACAAAGCUUGGUUGUAAUAAUGUCAAGACCUUGGGUUCUUGUCUGUCUGCUGUUACUCAUCGUGUUCUCCUCACAAUUUGAGUGGAGGCAACAGUAUGAGAACGAGCUUGAAGCAGGCCCAAACGCCUCACAGACAGAACCCCAUAUGUCUGAAAGAGAGGAAGCUGUAAAAGAAAAGAUUAUCCUUUCCCAGGAGAAAAACAUCCGGAGAUUGAAUGAGGUGGUGCAGAGUCUUAGAAGAGAGUUGGUCGAGUGCAGGGGUGAAGAACACGAGGCAGUGAAUAGCACGGUGAGGCCUAUGACUGAGCUUCUAACAGUGUUCAACCAGCACCCGAUAUUAGAUGAUUAGGUCCCAUGCCACUGACCACCACCCGUUCUUGUUAUUACACUUUGAUAGGACUCUUAACUGUAGAUGUAGAACAAUGUGUCCUUCUUCAACUCUAUCCAUCACUCAUAAUUAUAUAUAUCAAAUCUACGCCCUAUGACUAAUUAAGCUUAGUUGAUUGU